ACCUCUAUAGUGACGAGAACCUACACGUCAUCCGCUAUGCUGCAUAUUCAGUCGCUGUGCUUCUGUUGCAAAUCCACACCCCUCUUGCCCCCUUCAGAAAUAGAAAUAAUUUGGCCUGUCAUCUGUGCUGCACGCGCCUUAUUAUCAAGCUGACUUGGUCACACCUCAAUACCACCUGCUUCCCCCGUCCCCAUCCGCUCAUCUUUUCUGACAGCAAUUGCUGGUAGGUAGGUAUAGAACAGCGGGUACGACCCUAUGGGCGUCAGCAGCAUGGCAGUGAAUCCAAUGGCCAGCGGCAAAGGCAUGAAUUACUUGGGCUUGGUAUUUUGAUGCGCAUUGCUGAUGAUGAUACUGAUAGGAAGGAUCAGCCUGGAAACACGCCGCACCUGGAAGGCAUCAGUCGCUCUCCUACAGAGGGUAAGGGGCCGAGAUCGCUGAGCGAUUGGUGGCAGCUAUCUGCUUACCGAUCGAUAUUUGUAGAUCGAUUGAUGGGUGUUUUUGAGUUGACUACCAGAGGGUAUACGAGACUGUGUGGUGUGACUGAGCUGAAUACACCGAAUAAUCCAAAGGAAAGGGUCCCAGCGCUACUGACAGCAGUUCCUGUUAAAGGCUAGCUAGAGCAAUUGGAAAAGGCAGAAUUUAGCGUUUUUGAUCUGCAGUUGUAGCAGCGGACAGUGAAGCUGGUAUGGCAUCUGUGACACGUAGACUGCAAGGGGACGCGGAUAAGCCAAACACCAACCAUUGAAUAUACUAAAAAAAAGUCAAAAAAAAAAUGGUGUUGUGUUAGUUAGAUAUGUAGG